AUGCCGAACCCUGCACCUUCCACGCAGCACUUCACCCCUGCCAAUCAGGGCUCUGAAGAUCAAGAUAGAGAUCAGAGUCCGUUAGAAUACUCAUCCGGCGCUGACUCUGAUAACGAUCCCGUCGGCAAUGGCUCUGGGAAUGGGCGCGCUCUGAAACGGAAGCGGCCUCUUACCGUCUCCUGUGAGCUUUGUAAGCAAAGAAAAGUCAAGUGUGAUCGCAUACAGCCAAGCUGUGGCUGGUGUGUUCGCAAUGGCCAACUAUGCGAGUACAAAGAGCGAAAAAAGCCCGGCCUGCGAGCCGGGUACGGUAAAGAGCUAGAGCAUCGACUGGACCGACUGGAGGAGGUCAUACAAGCACAAGCAAGGCUUAUCGAGAUGCAUAUCUUGCAAAGCCGACCUCAAAUUCCUCAUCAUGGAGGAUCGAUAUCCUACAGUUCCCCGUCCGAACCAUCUGCGGUUCACGGUCCCAGUCCUCGCACGGCUCUCUAUUUCAACGAUCCAAACUCUUCUGUCGCCCUCCCUGCCCGCCAUGCCGAUGUUUCGAUCACAAGUCCAUCAGAUACAUCAGCCAAGAACAUUGUUGCUCAUGCUCUAUCAAAUGGAGCUACCGCAUCAGUGAUAAGCUCUCUGUCACAGGUGCAGAACGGACACAAUGAUUUUUCAGGGAAUGAAUCUUCCUUGAACAUUCCAGUCAGCAUUUUUGCAAAUCAAGAGCAGUCGCUGACGGAUCCAAACCUCGAUUUACCGCCAUACGAUCUACUUUAUGCUCUUGUCGAUUUAUAUUUCGAGCACGUUAACUCGUGGUGUCCUAUUCUUCAUCGUCGUUCCACAUUGGACACAUUCUUCGGUCCGUCCCCAUUGGAAGAAGCAGAUCGCAUGGUUCUAUAUGCUAUUGUUGUAACCACGUUACGUUUCUCCACUGACAGUCGACUGACUGAACAAAACCGAAAACGGUAUCAUGACUCUUCAAAACAGAAGGUGCUUCUAUAUGGCCUGGAAAACUCUUCUGUUAAGGCUCUUCAGGCCCUGGUUAUCUUAGCACUGGACUUAGUUGGCUCAUCUAAUGGUCCACCUGGUUGGAAACUAUUGGCUCUGAUUACCAGAUCAGUCGUUCAGCUUGGGUUGGCUGUUGAAUCCAAAUCUUCCCUCAUUGCCCCUGUCUAUCCCUCAAUCUACACCCUCAGAGCUGUCACAUUACCCGAGGCAGACACAUGGAUUGAGGACGAGAGUAGACGGCGUCUAUUCUGGAUGGUAUAUCUGUUGGAUCGAUAUUCAACUAUAGCCACUGCAUUCAACUUUGCGCUGGAUGACAAAGACAUUGACCGAAAACUUCCAUGUAAGGAUGAAUUUUUUGUGAAGAAUCAGCCAGUGGAAACCAGGCGAUUUCACUACUCCGUUGAACGUGCUGACUAUUUGAGUCACGCGGAGAAUGUGGGGUCAUUUGGUCUAUAUAUGGAGAUUUUGGGAAUUCUUUCCCGUAUCCACGUGUUUCUUAAACGCCCUGUGGAUAUUGGAUCUCUCUCCGAUGUCGAGGAAUGGCAAGCGACCUAUCGAAAGCUUGAUAAUGAGCUGACUACAUGGGAUUUCAACUUGCCUGCGGAAUAUGCCUAUGAGAAUUCAUCACGUCUGUUCAACGGCACAAAACAGAGUCGGGCUCUGCACAAUGAUUGGGUUCAGCUCCAUGCUACGUAUCAAACCGCCGUCAUUCGUCUUCACUCUUCCGCUGCAUAUCCGACAACUCGAUCACCAAUAUUCACCCCAUCAUACAGUGCUAGCCAGCGAUGUUUACUCGCAGUCGACAAUAUCCUCUCCGUUACCCGAUUCGUAGUUGAGAACAACAUACUCGACAAACUUGGUCCACCGUUCGCUUUUACCCUCUGGGUAUCUGCCCGUCUGUUACUCGUUCACGGAUCCACAAUCGCGCACACAGUUAGCUCAGAUAUAAUAUUCUUCGUUGACACACUAUCCCGAAUGGGCCAUCACUGGAAAGUCGCAGAACGCUACAGCAAUAUUCUCCAACGCGUUCUGGACGAGUAUGGCGAAUACCAGCAAUCCGUCGCUAUGGACGGUGAAAGAUCAACUCCAUCUACAGUGAAGAUCCUCGCAGAUAUGCGCCGCUGUGCAUUUGAUCUCGAUUUCCUUAUCUCCCGCCAACCACGAGAAUCACCAUCUUCAAUGAGUAACUCUGGAAACGAUCCUAACCGACGACCGUCGGCUACGCUUGUACCCAGGAACCUUGCACCAAAUGAACUGGAGUACCUUGAUGUCUUCGGUUUCUUUAAUGUACCUCGAGUACCGCCGGCUCGGGCCCCGGAUCCUGCUAGCGCUGCAACACACCUAGAUAUGGCGGACUCGGUACAGAAUCCAAUGUCUAUACAUGGAAUUACUGGUACGGGUUCUGUCGUGGAUGGGAACAGCUCAAAUGCGAACGAGUUCAAUAUUACGAAUUACUUGAUUCCAACACCUGAGACGGAUUGGCUUUUCAGGCCUGCUGGAUGA